AUGGAUUAUUUAAAAUCUACACUAUCACGCGUUGUUCUUGGAACAGAAAUACCAUCUUUUCCCUAUAACAUUACUGAUAAACUUGAUUCGUUUGACGGUUUGACAAUUUGGUCAUUACACAAUGGAACAAAAAAAGAUGAUGGAACUCCUGUAUCAAUUUUUGCUUUUGAUUGUGUUAAACAAAAAGAUCGGUUGCCGUUGGCUCGAAAUGCCUUUAAAAAAUUUAGGACUAUUAGACAUCCUGAUUUAUUAAAAUAUAUAGACGGUGUAGACACAGACACUUAUAUUUAUAUCGUUACUGAAAAAGUAACACCUUUACAAGCACAAUUGAAUAAUAAUUCUAAUGAGUUGACAUUGUGGGGUUUAUAUAAAGUAGCAAGUGCAUUAAAGUUUUUAAAUGGUGAUUGUUCUAUUAUUCAUGGAAAUGUUCGUGUCUCAUCUAUAUUUACUAAUAAAGCUGGAGAAUGGAAAUUGGGUGGUUUUGAACUUAUGAGCUCUUUAAAAGAAGAAAAUCCUAUCAUAUAUACAUUUGGUGGUUUAGUUUAUGAUUCGUCCAAAUAUGCUUCUCCUGAAAUAUCAAAAAGUUCUUGGAAUGUUUUGAAAGAUUUUGAUGUUGGGGUAGCUGAUUCAUGGAAUUAUGGAACUUUAAUUUACGAAAUUUAUAAUGGUCCUUUCUCAUCAACAAAUCAGCUCUCAAGCAUCAGCUCGAUUCCACAGAAAUUGACACAAACAAAUCCUAAAAUACGUUUAAAUAUUUCCCAAUUCCUUGAAGAAGGAAUGGAAGAUGGUGGAUGUUUUCAAAAUAACUUAAUACAAAUAAAUUUAUUUUUAGAAAAUAUGAAUAUUAAAGAACAAAAGGAAAAGGAUCUAUUUUACAAAAAAUUAAAUGAUUCUAUUGAUAAGAUUCCCGAAGAUAUUUGUAAAUACAAAAUAUUACCCGAAUUAAUCAAUGCUUUGGAGUUUGGUUCUGGUGGAGCAAAGGUGUUACCUCCCAUAAUCAAAAUAGGGAAUACGCUUGAUGAUACUGAAUAUGAGCAAAUAGUGGUAACUGCACUUGUUAAAAUGUUUGCUAUACCUGAUCGAGCAAUACGUUUGAGUUUGCUUGAGAAUUUAGGAUCGUUUAUUGAUCGUUUGAGCAGUAAAAUAGUUAAUGAUAAGAUUUUUUUUAAUGUGGUUACAGGGUUUACAGAUACUAAACCAAUUAUUAGAGAGAGCACUGUCAAAUCUAUUCUUUUGCUAAUUCCCAAGUUAUCAGAAAAAGUGAUUAAUAAUGAUUUAUUACGUUAUUUGGCUAAAUUACAAUUGGACGAAGAACCUGGAAUCAGAACAAAUACUACAAUCUGUUUAGGAAAAAUUAGUCAAUAUUUGAAUGAAAGUACACAAAAAAAAGUUUUGGUUUCAGCAUUUACAAGAGCUUUAAGAGAUCCUUUUCCUUAUGCUAGAUCAGCAAGUCUUGUUGCACUAGUUGCAACUUCCGAUUAUUACGAUGCAACUGAUUGUGCGACCAAGAUAUUGCCCUGUAUAUCAUUAGUUUUGGUCGAUAAAGUGAAAUCUGUUCGUCUACAAGCAUUUAAAACAGUUGAUGUAUUCAUCAAAAGAUUAGAAAAAUUGGUUGAAUCGAUGCCUGACGCUGCAAUUAUUAACACGAACGUUGGCACUACUACUAAUAAUGGUAAUGGAUCAUCAUCAACAGAAACUACACAAAAUUCUUCAAUUGCAUUUGCAUCAAGUGUUGCGGGUUCUGCUGCUAGUGUCGCAGAAAGUUUAGCUGGAUGGGCUGUAACUUCUAUUACAAAAAAGAUUGUAGGUGGUAAUAUUGAAGGAAUAACAGCUGCGUCAUCCUCGAUGAAAUUAAAUCCAACAUCAAAAUUACAUCCAUCUGAUGGCUGGGAUUUAGAUGAUGAUGGUUGGGGUAAUGAUGAUGGUUGGGAAGAAAAGGCAGCAGAACUUAAUCGUAAAAAGGAAGAAAGGCGACAAAAAAUGGCUGAAUUAAGAGAACAAAAGAAAAGAGGUGGUGUAUUAGGAGCGAAAAAAUUAUAA